AUGAAAUGGCUAUAUAUUUGUACAGUUAACUGCAAAUAUGAAGUGGUGCGAAGGGUAUCAAAGCGGUUAAACUUUAAAGAAGUUAGUGAGGAUGAGGAAUGGAAUCUGUACUGGACAGAUUACUCUGUGGCCCUGGAGAGGGUGAUGGAAAUGAAGAAGUAUCAGAAAAUCAAUCAUUUUCCGGGCAUGAGUGAAAUCUGUCGGAAAGAUUUACUAUCCAGGAAUUUGAACAGAAUGGUGAAACUCUUCCCAAAAGACUACAAUAUCUUCCCUAGAUCAUGGUGCCUGCCUGCAGAUUAUGGUGACUUCCAAGCUUUUGCUAGGCAAAAGAAGAGCAAAACUUAUAUUCUCAAGCCAGAGAGUGGGUGCCAAGGCAAGGGAAUAUGGGUGACCAAAAACCCCAAGGAAAUCAAACCCAAUGAACAUAUGGUUUGUCAGCAAUAUAUUUCAAGGCCUUUCUUGAUUGAUGGCUUCAAGUUUGACCUUCGUGUGUACACUCUUGUCACAUCCUGUGAUCCAUUUAGGAUAUUUGUCUUUAAAGAUGGUCUUGCCAGGUUUGCCACAACCAAGUACACUGAACCUCAUGGAAAUAAUGUGGACAAUGUUUAUAUGCAUCUAACUAACUAUGCCAUCAACAAGCACAGUGAAGACUUCAUCAGAGAUGAUGAAGAGGGUGGAAGUAAGAGGCGUAUCAUUACAAUGAACAAGUGGCUAACACAUCAUGGAUACAAUGUUGAAAAAAUGUGGAAUGAUAUUGAUGACGUCUUGAUUAAAACACUGAUAUCUGCCCAUCCCAUACUUAAGCAUAAUUACAGGACUUGCUUUCCUAAUCAUGUAAAAGGGAGUGCUUGUUUUGAGAUAUUGGGCAUGGAUGUGCUGUUAGACAGGAAACUAAAGCCAUAUAUUCUGGAGGUGAACCACUCUCCAAGCUUCCACACAGAUGCAAAGCUAGACAAGGAAAUCAAGGAGGCCUUGAUCUAUGACAGUCUGAACCUGAUCAACUGUGGUGCUGUUGACAAGCGCAAGUGCAUUGAAGAGGAGCGCAGGAGAAUCAAAGAGAGGCUGUUCCAGAGACAGGGGUACAAGAAAGAGUCUAAAGAAGAGCUGGAGCAGGCUCAGCAAGAGUGGCUGGAGUCACUGACCAAGUACGAGGACCAGCAUCUGGGCAAUUUUCGUAGGAUCUACCCAGCACAUGGCACUGACAAGUAUGACAAGUACUUCCAACACAGUGCAGGGUCUCUUUUCCAGGAAACUGCAGCUUUCAAAGCCAGGAGUGAAUGUGCAAGGCAACAGAGAGAGGAGAUUUUAAGAAAGAAAGAAAAGAUGGAGAUGAUGCUGAACAAAAACAAGAAGGCAGCUCGUCCAGAGAGUCCUGGGAGUAGAAAAAGGAGAUUAAAACGUCCCAGUGUUCCCAGGAGACAGUUGGCCUCCUCCAGGCAGGGUGCUGAGGGCACAGAGCAUGUUAACAUUGAAAGUGAACUGAUAGACACCACCAAACCAUUAGACAUUCUGGAGGAGGAAGAGCUGGAGCGGAUCAGUGGUCUACUCCAGCGUGACAACCUGGUGCGGGGCUUGGGGAUAGUAGAACACGUGUACAGGCUACUGCACUGUACCCCAGGCACCAUGGGCGUAAUGAAGAGCAACGACCCUCGGCAGCAGUUUGGCAUCAAUAAUUUACAAAAAUACAGUGCAUACCGGGAGGUGCUCUCUGCAUCUCGGUAUCGCCAGCGGGGCCUAGAUAAUCGGUUGUACAUCUUUGAUGAUUCUAAAGCUGACAAAUUGACUAUUAACUUUGGGACAUCAUCAUUGGGAAAUGAGGUGAAAGAGCUAGCCCCUGUUGGGAGUGAGGUGUUUAAACCCACAAAACACCUGCCGUUAAGAGUAAAGGACUUGGAGAACACAUUAACUGGGGGCUCCUCUACGACCUCUGUCAUGUCUUCAGCCACUGUGUCUGUACCUGCUCCACCAGGGCAGCAGAAUGCUGACCAGAACACAGGGCAGCAAACUGAAAAUGACAUUGAGAAUGACAAAGAGGAAAGCUAUGUGGCAACCAGUAUUGCAGCAGUUAGUCAGGAGCAUGAUGAUUUUGUGACCCGCGCCUCUCACUUACAAGAAAGCCCUCUUGCCGCCUUUAACCACAAUCCAUACACCCCUGCCUUCGGUACCUUACAGACGUUCUCUGGGCGCCCACUGCAGCACCCCAUGCAGGGCAUCAUCACACAGCCAGGGAGUGUAACACAGUGGCAGAUCCCCAGGGGGAGGAAUACCAGCCUGGGGCAGCUCAGUGAUACUCGGGGUGUCCCCCUACAGAGAGCCAAAAUCCAGAACAAGAAGCCCAUAGGCUCUGGUUAUGGCAGCUCCUACAGUAACAGCACCUCGGGGGUGUACUCAGACAGUGACUACAAGUACUCCCCAGAGACUGACCCCAGGGGUCUGAUGAGGGGGCCUUACAGUGACCUGACACAGCGAAGGACGCUCAGUGCUGCCACCACACACUCCUCACAUGCCAGUACUAGGAAAGAUGCGGUGCUUCUCCAGUCCUAUAGGGUCAGAGAAAGAGCCAUAAACCCCAGUUUUAAGGGAGGUGCUGAACCUAUGCUAAUGGGCCUCCCACUCCAGCCACAGCCACCCAUGGGGCUCCCCUCAGCCUUCUCCUUCCCAGGGACCUCCAGAGUAACCCCCUAUGCCGGACCCCAGGGGCUGUCUGUGGUGUCAGCGCCUGCACCUGUUGUCCAGAGGCCUGAACUCACAGGAAAUAGAGCACAGAAAACAUUGACUGCUCAGCAGAAUGUGGACUCAGUACCUGGGAGGUCCACCAGGUCACAGAGGAUACGAGGAGCUUCUAAUAACAUGAGACUUAAACAGAUGGAGAUGAGAGAAAACCAUGCCAUUGUGUACAGCUGAGUUUAUAAGAAUCAUGUGAAAAACUCAAUUUCUAAGCAUCAGAUUUCAAUGAGAUGGAGUCUUCACAAUCACCUCAGAACUUGCCAUUCUUUUAUGAUAUGUACCUGUGGCCUCACCUGUUACCAUGGUUUAUGAAGGAAGAUGGAGCUACAUCCCGUUGACACUGUUUCUAUGUUUUUUUAUACUGAAGCAAAGACAUUGUUUGCUAAAGUUGUUGACUUUAUCAAAAUGAAAGUGAAGUGCAUUAAAGAAACAGUUUUGUAAGAAGCAUUUGGAAUACUUGGAUGUGUUCAUGAGAGACUGAGUGUGUGGGUGCGCACGUGUGUGUGUGUGUGUGUGUGUGAGAGAUAAAAAUCUGUGCUACCUUUGAAAGAAAUUUUAUCAUGGUUAUAAUGCCAGUGUCUUAUCAAUGUCAUGUGAUUAAACCUCAUUCAUUAUUACACAGCUUUUCUAACUAUUCACAAUUAGCAUAUACUUACAUAUAUUAUUGUAGGACAGAAUUUUUCCUAUGUAGCUGAUAUCCGUCCGGAGUUUGUCCUCAUAAGGGCUUUCAAUUUUAUGUUUAAAGAUGAAAUUAUCUUCUUUUGAUAUAUGUAAUUAUGUUGAUUUUGUUUAAAGCUUAAACAUUAUCAUACCAGUAUUACAGCUCAUAUUUAUGGAUAUUUUUUCAGAUCUUUAUAUGAUUUGAUGCAAUUAUGAAUGCUCAAUUAACAGUUUAUUCUUGAAUUGAAAAGAAAUGUAACACGAUGAGAAUAAGUUCAAGUUUUUUUAGUUAAAAUUUAGUUGCAGUAAAGCUUCAAAUGUUUUUCUUGUUUUCUUAGGCACUAUUAAUAGAUAUGAUUAUAAGUAUUGUUUCUUAGAGAAAGAAACUAAAGCUAUGUAAAUAUUAAUAAAUCAAUUCACCUUUUCCUCACAUUUUAAGGAGUAUUUAUUUCUACAUAAUUAUUCUUAAUGUGUAUUAUUUUCCAAAUGUUUUUGAAUGCUUUAAAUCCCUCUUAAUAAAAAAGUAUAACAGUU